UUGGGAAGACGAAAGAGUAACGAUAAAACAGUAUCCGCCUCUUCAAGAUCCAGCCUUUUCUCCUUGUCAACGACCGAGGUCUUGUUUGAAGAUCAGUGGCUAAUGGCUGUCACUAAACCACAAGGAAUUUACUGCGAGUCCGUGUUGGAAUUCGUCCCGGAGCUCCACCUGGCGAAUCGGCUCGAUCAAUACACUAGCGGCGUGAUGAUCAUCACCAAAUCACACAAGGCAGCCGCUAAGCUAGUCAAGGCAUUUACUGAUCACAAGGUGAGGAAGACUUACAUUGCUUCGUGCAUUGGUGCUUCUCCAUAUUGGAAAAGGAUUACAGUUAAAUCGGGCCACGGUAGAUCCAAAUUCGGGGCGUGGCGUGUGUAUGCAGCAUCAGAUGCAGGGCGAAUCUUGCCCGGCGGGUCUUUGGUUAGGGACAUGGAGACUACAUUUGAGGUGUUGUCUGUGAAUGGGAAGAGAAGAAGCUUAGGAGAAUCAUUAGAGGGAGAAUGA